GGCUUGUGACUUUUCACUGGAAAAGUUAUGGCAGCUUCGCCUGAGCUCUCCCGGCAUAUGGUUUACCAAUCAAAUCUUGGAAUGAGAUCUCCCCAGAACAGCAAUCCAGACAUUCAAGAUGCUCACAGACAUAAUGAAACUUCUAGGAGCUUGCCUUUAUCUGGACACGUUGGAUUUGACAGUUUACCUGACCAAUUAGUUGAGAAAUCAAUUCGCCAGGGAUUCUGUUUCAACAUACUUUGCAUUGGGGAAACUGGCAUUGGAAAAUCAACAUUAAUUAACACACUAUUCAACACUAACUUUGAAGAACAGGAAACCAGCCAUUUUGAGUCAUCCGUAAAGCUAAAAGCACAAACCUAUGACCUCAAGGAAAGCAAAGUUCAUUUAAAAUUGACUAUUGUAAAUACAGUUGGAUUUGGAGAUCAAAUAAACAAAGAAGACAGCUACAUGCCUAUUGUGGACUACAUUGACAAACAGUUUGAAGUGUAUCUGCAAGAAGAGUUAAAGAUUAAACGUUUGCUAUAUGCAUAUCAUGAUACUCGUAUUCAUGCCUGCCUUUACUUCAUUGCACCUACUGGCCAUUCCCUAAAGUCCCUUGAUUUAAUAACUAUGAAAAAGCUUGAUAGCAAGGUAAACAUAAUUCCUGUCAUUGCUAAAGCCGAUGUGAUUUCUAAAUCAGAACUGCACAAAUUCAAAAGUAAAUUGAUGAGUGAACUUAUCAGCAAUGGUGUUCAGAUAUAUCAGUUUCCUACAGAUGAUGAAACUAUUAACAAAAUUAACUCCUCUAUGAAUGCACAGCUUCCAUUCGCAGUGGUAGGAAGUAUGGAGGAAGUCAAGAUAGGAAACAAAAUGGUGAAAGCUCGGCAAUAUCCUUGGGGAAUUGUACAAGUGGAAAAUGAAAAUCAUUGUGAUUUUGUAAAGUUACGGGAGAUGCUGAUUAGUACUAACAUGGAGGAUCUCAGAGAACAGACCCAUUCCCGGCAUUAUGAGCUGUACAGGCGCUGCAAAUUGGAAGAAAUGGGAUUCCAAGAUAUGGGACCUGGAGAUAAGCCAGUAAGUUUGCAGGAGACCUAUGAAGCUAAAAGACAAGAGUUCUUUGAUGACCUUAAGAGAAAGGAGGAGGAGAUGAGACAGACAUUUGUGCAGCGAGUAAGAGAGAAAGAGACUGUGCUGAAAGAGGCAGAAAGAGAGCUGCAGAAUAGAUUUGAACAAUUGAAAAGGCUCCAUCAGGAGGAAAGAGAAAGCCUAGAUGAAAAGAGGAAAGAACUUCAAGAAGAGAUGAACAAUUUUAGCAAGAGAAAGGCAGCUGCAGAAUUGCUGCAAGCCCAGGCCUUCGGAAAUGUUGCCAAUACUAGUUUGAAAAAAGAUCGUAAAACAUUCAUGUAAAUGGAAGAUGGUAAGAUGCUGCAUAGAUUAAACAGCUACAGGCCUGCCAUGAGUGUCAUUUGUAUUCCAUUUCCCUGUAUUUUUUUCUGUAAAAUUAAUUGUAUUUGAUGUAUCGAUGCUCAAGGAGGAUAUUUUGGGAUAACACUCUGCCAAAUUUAAAGCGUUUAGCAGCACCACAAUCAACACAUGUCUCACUGUAAGCGCUUCGGUGUCUAAUUACCUUUUGUAAGGCUGGACCUUUUGAGCCUUUCCGCUACUACUGCAUGGAACCAAAGAGAAAUGCAGAGAACUGCUUUCAGCUGCAGGAACAUGGGAAGAUUUUCUACCAUUAUAAACAAAAGGGAAAGGACAUUUCAGUGUAUAUGUUUACUUUUUUAUAUUUUCCUAUUAUGAGGUGUAUUGCAAUAAGUUAACCCUUUCACUGGUGAUAGCACAGUUACCUGCCAUUACCAUGCAUCAGAUAUCACUCCAUUUGUAUCUAGUUGAAGUAAAUCUAGAGCAACUGGUAAAAAACGUUUUACUACUGACAGGAGCAGUUUCUUCAUUUCCGAACUGAAGAAGCAGCUCAAUUAAGUAGUGAAGUGUCUUCAGUGAUUACUGAAGUCCGGUUGCUCUAGAUUUACUUCUACUAGAAAUACCAUGACCUGGAUGAAUGAAAACCUUCAUAGACAUCACUCCAUUUGCUUUUGCAAGAAGAAGGAAUAAAGAAGUGUGCGUUGAGACCAAGGAGGUUUUUGGAUUAGUAGUUCUGCAACUUCUGCUGAUGCUAUUCCAUCCCUAUUUUAGAUACAUUUUUCUGCACUGAUCUAAUGUGCACUAAAAAAAUCCAGCCUUACUCACCAUGUAGAAAAAGUAACCCUUUAUUGUGGACAAAGUAUAUUGAUUUCCUUGGCCCCAAUGCCUUAUUAUUAACUUUGCUGACUGCAGCAUAAUAAUGAAAACAGGUAACCGUAAAUGUGCAUUAUUUCAAUUUAAUGAUACUUCGAAUUACUUUGUUUAGCACCCCUGUGAAAUGGUUUUCUAUUUUCUACAAAAGUGGAAAAGAAUGCUUUUUCUAUGUAUAUUUUUUAACAUUAACCCUUUCUAUGAAUAUUAUAGGUAUUAUUCUAAAAAAAAUAUACUUAUAAAAAAUAAAGAUUUUAAACACCA